AUGAGGACAGAUGCACAGAGGAGUCCUGGCAGUAAAGGAGAUCGAGGAGAGAUUGGACUGCCAGGACAGAGGGGACUGCAGGGGCCCCCGGGACCAAUGGGACCUAUGGGCCCCAUGGGACCACGAGGACCAGUGGGAGAAAGAGGUCUCCCUGGUUUCCCUGGACCUGCCGGACCCCCUGGACCAGAAACUGUUGGGCCUCCAGGACUCCCAGGGAAGCCUGGUACUCCAGGGGACGAGGGAAACAUCGGACCAGAGGGUCUUCCUGGACCAAGGGGAGGAAUUGGGCUCCCAGGCCCACAAGGACCUCCAGGAUCACCAGGGCCACAAGGCGCUGGGAACCCUGAGGGAAGUGGGGAGACUCAGUGCCAGACAACAUGUCCAGCUGGACCGCAGGGAAUGCCUGGUCUGCCGGGGAUGAAGGGACAUCGAGGUCUUCCAGGUGUGGACGGUGUGCCAGGUACCCAAGGUGAAAAGGGAGAGCGAGGGGCCGCUGGUGAGCCAGGUCCUCCUGGACGUCCAGGAGAUGAUGGUCAGCGAGGACCAAUUGGAUUCCCUGGAACUCAUGGUGAUAAAGGAGAUCGGGGUCCUCCUGGAUUCAACGGGAUCCCAGGACCCACUGGACCACCAGGAUCACCACAGUGCCAGACAACAUGUCCAGCUGGACCGCAGGGAAUGCCUGGUCUGCCGGGGAUGAAGGGACAUCGAGGUCUUCCAGGUGUGGACGGUGUGCCAGGUACCCAAGGUGAAAAGGGAGAGCGAGGGGCCGCUGGUGAGCCAGGUCCUCCUGGACGUCCAGGAGAUGAUGGUCAGCGAGGACCAAUUGGAUUCCCUGGAACUCAUGGUGAUAAAGGAGAUCGGGGUCCUCCUGGAUUCAACGGGAUCCCAGGACCCACUGGACCACCAGGAUCACCAGGUGUUGAAGGCAUCAGAGGGCGACAGGGACAUCCUGGGCCUAAAGGAGAUGAUGGUGCGAUUGGAGCCCCGGGAGAGAAAGGAGCUCCUGGAGCCAAGGGUGACACUGGUGAGCCAGGAAAGCAUGGAUCUGAGGGAGCACCAGGAGCUUCAGGAGAGAAGGGAGAGCCAGGUUUGCCCGGAACCAUUGGUGUCAGAGGAAUUGUGGGAAUUCCAGGUUUACCAGGAAAACAGGGACUCGUGGGGCCUGCAGGCCAAAAGGGUGAAAUUGGCACUGUAGGACUGACUGGUCCAGUUGGGCUUCCUGGUAAAGAUGGAGCACCUGGACCACCAGGAGAAGAUGGAACUCCAGGAGCCAAAGGAACCUCUGGUGAACCAGGAAAGCAUGGUCCAGUUGGCCCAACGGGCCCGCAGGGAAUCCAGGGAGAUAAAGGUGAUCAAGGACUCAUGGGCCCUCGUGGAAUCAAGGGUCACACAGGUCAUAAAGGAGACCAGGGCCCAAUGGGUCCUGUUGGUCCCAAAGGAAGUGAGGGAGAUCCAGGUGUUGUAGGAGAACCAGGCGAGAAGGGUGAUCAGGGGCCUCCGGGUAUUCCUGGAAUCAAGAGUGAUCGUGGAGAGAAAGGCCAGAGAGGAGCUACAGGAGCUGAUGGUCGUCCAGGACAGCCAGGCCACGAGGGUCUGACCGGACCGCAGGGAGCCAGAGGUCUGGAGGGGGAACGAGGACUAUCAGGACCCCCUGGUCCCAGAGGUCUACCUGGGCCUAAGAUGAGUGACGAGAAGAUCCGUGAGAUUUGUUCAGCUGUUGUUGAAGAGCAUUUAGAUGCCUACAAGAAGGAAGUAGCCAAGAAGCCUCUUGCCAUUGUAGCCCCUGGAACUCCAGGACUCAUGGGACCACCUGGACUACCGGGACCAGCAGGUCCUGCUGGAGAAGCCGGACCCAGAGGAAUCAUGGGCCCCAAGGGACCUCAAGGAUACUACGGUCUUCCUGGAAAACCAGGAGCCAAAGGUGAUGCAGGACAAAAAGGUGACAAGGGAGAUACUGGAAUUGGAAUUCCAGGAAUUCCUGGAGAACCCGGACCUCAAGGACCAGCUGGCAAGCCUGGCAUCGGUAAGGACGGUCAGGAUGGGGCCAGAGGAGACGCCGGUGUGCCUGGAACCCCAGGAACCCUUGGAGCCAGAGGACCUCCGGGCGCCCCUGGUCUUUGUGAUCCUUCAAACUGCUUUAGGCCUCAACCUCUUUACAUGGUUGGCGGGAAGAGGUCUGUCAACAUCAAGGGUCCAUGAACAGAACGAAAGAAACCUUCUAGAAAUCUUCAUCACAGUCAUCACCAGCCAGUUCAUUUCCGACAAACUUGAAGAGACUUCAAAUGGCGAGCAGACGGUGAGAGAAACAAACGUGACAGAUGUAUAGAGACACACGGAUGCAGCUCCUGAUGGUGGAUUUGUUGUACCUUGUACAUAAACUAAAAGUAAAUGUGUUUGUUCUUUCAGGAGGUUUACAGUAAAUCGCAGAUAAAUAAAUUAAUUGGUAAUUGAUGUUUCAGUUCUUGGGCCACAAACUGCUAUAAUCGAUCAUUUCCAGACCACUACAUGCCAUAGAAUUGAAUUUUUAAAAAUAUUUUUUCAUCAAAUGUGAUUGUAAAGGCCAAUUUUAGACAUGGUGCCAGACAAUAAGCUACGCCAACAGAAUGACAGUGUGAUCCUACAACAGCUUGAAAUAAAAGCU